UUAGACAGAACUUGUUCAUCUCUAAUGGACAUUGAAUCCCUUUUCUGACGGACAUUGAUUUUGAAAAGAACGUGCUUCGGAUAUAGCAAGCAAUGAUAUGACAGUGUCAAGAUGUCGAUAUCCAAAUUAUUCGUAAAAGUAUUCAAUGAAAACAUCUUUGACCAGCUGGACCAGGAGAAUCCCUACUCAGACCUGGACGAUGACUUGGAAGGAGCCAAUUGUUCCACGCUGCCGGAUCCGAAGCCGCUCAAGAUUGACGAACUGUCCGUUUCCAAGCAAAUGACCAUCGUGAAGACAUGGCUGGACGACAAAUUUCAGCAAAUUCAAACGGACAGCAAUGAGGAAAUCCGUCGCCUCUAUGCGGAGACAGAGUCCCGCAUCGGACCGGAUUUGACCAUAUUCGAUGUGGACUACACCACCACAGUGCGCGUAUCCUCGGACAGGCUGGCCCUGCGCUCCCAAGGCAGUUUCAAUACGGUGCGAACAAAUUGUUGCGUUUAUGGCGGCCGUUGGAUGUAUGAGGUUCAACUUCACACCAAGGGAGUGAUGCAAAUGGGCUGGGCCUCCAGCCUUUGUCAGUUCAAUGAAAAUAGCGGCGUCGGUGAUACCAAAUUGAGCUAUGGCUAUGAUGGCAGCAAACAGCAGAUUUGGCAUAUAUCCACCAAGAAAUACGGCGACAAGUGGCAGAUUGGGGAUAUUAUUGGUGUGACCCUCGAUGUGGAUAAGGAGCUCAUUGAAUACUAUCGCAAUGGUCGCUCGAUGGGCGUGGCAUUCAACAAGCUGGAGAAGGGUCCAGGCAUUACCUUCUAUGCGGCCAUCUCGCUGGGCUACACCCAGGGCAUUCAGGCGAACUUCGGGAAUCGUCCGUUUGUGUAUCCAGUGCCGGGAUUUCAGCCACUCAUGGCACGACCCAUACUCAAGCUGCGACGCACCAAUCUGCUGAUGAACUACCUCACAAACCUGGCUGGCAUUUUCGCCAAAUACAAUGCUCAGUAUAAGGCCUCGGCGAACCAGAGCGAGGCUCGUGUGUCCACCAAGAAGACUGUUUACUGUAUCUUUGCCACCAUGCUGAUUGAACGAUUCACCAACGAGAUCUUUGACUCGUAUAUCAUUGAGGAUGUGCUGCUGGCCAGGAUAUCCAGCAUGACCAGCCUCACGGCAGAGAAGGAGAACCCGCACAGUGUGCUGCAGGGUCUGCUGUCGCUCUUCUGGAACUUCAUGGAGGGCGACGAGAUCAAGUUUGUGCUGCGUAAGAUGGUGAAUGCCCUGCUGGCCACCUUUACGCACACGGUACAGGGCCUGGACUAUGAGAAGCAUCGCCAGACGCUGGCCAUUCUGCACUGUCUCUGCCUGCAUGAGCAGACGAGGAAAUUCUUGCUCGAGGGCAAGCUAUUCAAGAAGCACUGCAUUGCCUUCUUCCUGUACAUCCAUCCGCUGGAGUUCUAUAUUAUGGAGGAGCUGCUGCCCGAUCACUUGGCCUGGACGGAUGGCAUCGAUGGGCCCAAGGACAAGUAUCUCAGCGUUGUGGAGAAAGUGCGCAAGCUGACGGAGCCCCUGUAUGCGGCUCAAAAGGAUUUACUGAGCACCCUGAUGAUCAACAAAGAUGGCACGGCGUCUAGUCCCUCCAGUCGUACGCUAUUCCUGGCCAAGAUGCGACGCUAUGUCAUCGAUCUUAGCAUGGAGCAGAGGCCCUUCCAUGCUUUCUUUUUCAUGCAGUCGAGCAUUCAGCAUCCCCUGGACGCACCGGUGGCUCUGGCCUUUACCUGCAUUCUGAUCGAUCAGGCUCGCAGUAUGUUUAGGGAGGAGAUGCCGGGGAAGAAUGUGGAGGUGAAUAGCGAUUACUUUUUCGAUGGCACCUUCGACUACAUGCACUUUGAUCGUGUGGGCGGCGUUCUAUCGCAUUUGCGCAAAGUCCAUCGGCCGGAUAUCGAUGCGCGUCUGGGAUCGGUACGCACACAGCAGAUUUACGAUGAGGAUCGCAACAAUUCGAGAGCCAACGAUAUGGAUACCACACUUUAUCUGCUUGGGGAGAAUGUGAACAAUGUGGCGGUGAUUGGACACACUCAGGGCACGAACAACACCACCUUUACGCACUUUAUCAAUCCGCGCGCCAAUCAGGGCGCCGAGGCAUCGCCCGGCAAUGCCGAUGGUGAGGCCAGUCUCUGCGAACUCUUGGAUCUGUGCAUCAUUUUCUACUACUCGGCGGGGCACAAGUAUAUUGUGAAAAUAGCCACGGUCAGGGAUGAGAUUGCUGCCCUGAACGAUGUGCUCAAGGAAACGAAAUACUAUCGCGAGGAUGUCGAACGCAAGCUGCUGGCUCUGGAGCAGCAUGCCAGUAUCUGCAUGAACGAUGCUCAUACGCAUGUGAUGGGCGAGCUGCGCUCCAAAUUUAGUCAGCGUCAAAAUGUCUUUGCGACCCGCUCCAUAUCGAUGUCCAGAAAACAAAUCUGGCUACGUGGCGUGGCCUUGAAUAACCAGAGGCGUUCGCUGCUCAUCUGGAUGCUGGAGCGUAUGAUACGCACCCUGACGAGUGCCUCGAAUACGGGCCCAUUGUUCUCCUUUGUGCCCGAGGUGUAUGUGAAUACUUUGCCCAUUCUGCUGGACGCUGUGAUGGACUUUAGUCAUCACGAUAUGAAGGCCCAGUUCGAGGCGACGGAUUCCGAGUGUGCUGUUACUUCGGCAGCCGAAUUUUUGGGCGUGCAUUCGGCGGAUCCGCGUAUUGUGCUAGCCUCCUGCAAGGAUUCGCUGCUACAAGCCCUCGGCACGCUCACCUGCCACAAGGCCGGAGUGCGAGCGCUGGAACGAUCCUCGCGCCGCUCCCAAGUGGCCCUGGUGCGUGCGCUACUGCGUCCGUACGAGAACAGGGCCUGGGGCCAGAGCAACUGGCUGUUGUUGCGCUUCUGGAUGGGCGAGGGCUAUGCGUACAAGGACUCCCGCCAGCCCUGUGUCUGGCAGGGCGGUUCGUUGCCGCUGCACAUGGGUCUGUGCCGCAGUCGCUCCAAGAACGAGACGCACACGGGACUGCUGCACAAUGUGGCACCUGCCAAUCCAUCGAAGCAUUUCCAACGACUGAUUGGCUCCAAACUGAUUGAGGAUGAACCGUUUGCCACCAGUUUUCUCAACUCAGUGCUGAGUCAAUUGAACUGGGCCUUCUCGGAGUUCAUACUGCUGCUGCAGGAGAUUCAAAACACGGCUCAGCGACAGGAGAACACACUGUUCGAGCCCAAGCAGCUGAAGAUCUGCUCCAUGUGCUUCGAGCUGACAGUCUCAUUGAUGCGCUGCCUGGAGAUGAUCAUCACAGUGUCGCCGGAAAUCGUUACAGAUCCAUCGCGUCCGAAUAGCGAUCUGCUGUUGAAUCGCAUCUGCCAGUUGAUCAGCCAGGUGCUGUCACGGGUCACAGUGCCGCCGGGCUGCUUCCAGUUUGUGGUUGACAUGUGCUCGGCCGAUCUUAAUGCGGUCACACACUUUCCAAUUAUUACAGCCGCCUUGGGCAUAUUGCUGGCCCUUAUGCGCAGCGAAAUGGACGUUGAUAUAACGCCGCAGAAGGUGACGCGCCUGUCGCGUGCCUUCCUCACCGAUCCGAGCUUUCAGUUUGCCACACUGGAGUUUGCCCUGGGUGAGAUACGUACGCCGCUGCUGGAGCAGAAGGAUAUACCGCGUGGCAACUUUGAUCCGUCCGCCAGGCCGCACAUUGAUCCGCUUACCAACGAUGUGAGGGUGCCGUUUCCCAGCAACUCGAAGCGCAUUCGAGCCGAUCCGCCCAUCAUUAAGUUUGCCCUGACCGACUUUCCCACGCACGUGAACUCGGAGGAGAUUGACAAUAUACGGCGGCUCAUUGAGGGUCUGCGCAUGAAGCAGACGCUGCUCUCGGACAUCACACUACCGUCGGAGGAUUCGCUGUGUCCCAUAUGCUGUGCGAAGCCCAUCACUGCCGUGUUUACGCCCUGCAAGCAUCAGUCGUGCAGCGAUUGCAUCAUGCAGCACAUGAUGAACUCGAAGGUGUGCUUCUAUUGCAAGACCACCAUUCAGACGAUUGAAACGCUGGAUGGCACGCUCAUCUAUUCCAACGACGAGGUCGUUCAAUCGCCGAUGAGCGAGAGGGCCUAAGGGCGAGAGAGAAAACCCACCGAAUAGUAAAACCAAAGAUAUAUUCCUCUGGAAACCCAACCAAGUCUAGUCACUGUUAAAAGACAACAACCUGCUACGCUUAAAGUGUACAUAUAUACUCGUAUGUAGAGCGACAUAUAUGCCACACCUACAGAUAGAUAUUCGUUCAGUUCAAUUAUUAUUUUGGCUUGCAAAAAGUAGUUAAGAUGUGAUAUGCCCCCCACCCAAAAAAAAAAAAAACAGGGGGCACUGUAAAGCAAAAAGAACAAUUAAUUGAAACUAAUUAAGUAGCACAAAAUAUAAAAAUAUGAUCUCUGAUUUUGCCUGAUUAGCACAUACAUACAUACAAUAUAUAACAUAUAUCUAUAA